CUCUUUUCUCUUUGAUCCUUAAUAUAGAUGUCAAUUAGAUCAUUGUGUAAAUCAUUAGUGCAACAGACAAGAAAUAAGGUGUAUUUUGUGCAACAUCAACAACGAGUUGCUAUACAACCGCAACAAUGUCGUUUCUAUACACCACUAAGCACCUCUGCCCUGGCCUUUAAAGAUAGCAAAGAAAUGAAUGACGAUGAUCAUGUGCCUAUUUCUUUAGUAACUCAGAAACGAACAGCAGAAGAUGCUGUCCGUAUUAUUUUACAGAAUACACCUAAAUCAACAAAAGAUCAACAACAACAACAACAACAACAAAAAAGACAUGUAUUAAAUCUUUUAGUUCAAAAUGAACCUGGUGUGUUGAGUAAACUAUCAGGUAUCUUGGCGGGUAGAAAUUUCAAUAUUGAAUCUUUAGUUGUGGCUAGUACUGAGGUACCUGAUUUAAGUCGAAUGUCAAUUGUUUUUAAAGGAAAGAGUAAUCAAAUAGAGCAAGCAAGAAAGCAAUUUGAAGAUUUGGUACCUGUUUGGGCUGCAUUAGAUUAUACAAAUAUGAACAUAAUUGAACGUGAAUUAUUGCUAAUCAAACUUUCUACUUUGGGGCCAGAAAAUGUACAUAGACAGUUACAUAUGACUGCCUCCAAGUCAGUGAACGAGAAUAAUACAACAAAUCAUUUACAAAAUAUAACUGAAUUAACACGUUUAUUUAAUGGUAAAAUCGUUGAUGUUUCAACUAAUUCUGUUGUAGUUGAAGUAUGUGCAAAGCCUAAUCGUAUUACCUCCUUUAUGAAACUUUGUGCACCUUUUGGUAUCAUUGAAGCAUCCAGAACAGGCACUAUGGCUAUGCCUCGUUCGCCAGUAUAUAAUCAUAAUGAUGAUGAUGAUAAUGACCCUCAAAUUGAGGAUAAUACCAAUAAUGCCGUCGAUCCUACUACUCUCCCUCCUGGAUAAUAAUAAAUGCGCCC